AUGGUUAGCCCGCAAGUCUUCUCCAGGAGAGAGAGUCAAGAGAGUAAUAUAGAGAUUCCAGUGAUGAAAGAAGAAGAAAAUUCAAGUUUAGUAGAAGUUUAUCAAGAAAAAUCCCCUACAGAAGCCAACGGACAUGAUGAAAGGACUAAAAUCCAAUUGUGCUGGGAUAAUGUUAGCUACGUCAUCGAAAAAGAAGGUCAAGAGACUCAGAUCCUAAAAUCAGUUUCAGGAAAGGCCAAUCCUGGGGAGCUUCUAGUUUUGAUGGGGUCAUCAGGGGCUGGAAAGACAACACUUCUCAACAUCUUGGCUGGAAGACUUAAUAACACAGGCAGCGCAAAAAUUAUUGGCCAAAUAACAGCAAAUGGGACAAACAUAAAAGACCUUGAUUUUGGGUACUAUUCAGCCUAUGUAACCCAAGAGGAUAUCUUGCUUCCUAAUCUAACCCCAAGAGAGUCCUUAAUGUUUUCAUCAAGACUUAGGAUGCCUGGUAAUUAUCAACAACAUGUAAAAAGGGUUGAUGGGAUCAUCGAAGACUUGAGAUUGAUGAAAUGUGCAGACAAGAUCGUUGGGAGCAUAACCAAAAAAGGACUAUCAGGAGGUGAAAGGAAAAGAGUUUGCAUUGGGAUGGAACUUAUCACUGAUCCUAUUGUCCUUUUACUUGAUGAGCCUACUUCUGGACUUGACAGUUUUACUGCGGAAGUCGUCAUUGAUUUACUAAUAGAGCAAUCAAGAAAAGGUAGAACUGUAAUGUCAACUAUUCACCAACCAAGUUCAAGCAUGUUUGAUAAGUUUGAUAAAUUAGUAUUAUUAGCAGAAGGCCACAUUGUAUAUCAAGGCCUUGCUGCUGAUUCCACAAAAUAUUUUACAAAAAUUGGCUAUGAGUGCCCCAAACUCAUGAAUCCAGCUGACUAUUAUAUGAGAUUACUUCAUAUUGUAGAUAGGAAGAAUCUUACUGAAAAAGAGCAUGAAAAAAUAGAAAACAUUGUGGCAGCUUAUGAUUCAAUAGAGCAGGAUAAAGGAAAUUAUGAUGAAUCAAAACUUGAGCAUUUGAAAACUAAACAUUUAGCAUCUCCUACAAAUUUCGCUACUCAGUUUAUGAUUUUAUUAAGUAGAGCUUGGACAAACUCUAGAAGAGAUCCUCUUGCUGGCCAAAUUGUUAUUUCUGAAUACAUUACGAUGGGUGCUCUGCUUGCUUUGCUUUGUAAUAACUUAGCAAAAAAUUAUGAUUCUUCAACAACCAGAACUCAAAUUUUGUUUCUUUCAUCCACAAUUGUGUCUUUUUAUUCAUGCCAAAAUUCAGCUAUGCAAUUUCCAAAUGAGACUCCUUUAUUCCUUAAAGAAAGUAAGCAAAAGAUUUAUUCCACAGCUUCUUACUACCUUUCUAAAUCACUUGCUGACAUUCCUAUGCAAUUCCUUCCAAUAUUACUCUAUUGCCUUAUUAUUUAUUGGGCAAUUCCUCUUAACGAUUAUGAUGCUAGCAAAUUCUUUAUUUUUUACUUUAUACUUAUUUUGCUGCAAUUAAAUACGACAGGUGUUGGGUAUAUUUUAGGCUCUUUGGUCAAAACUGAGACUCUUGCGCUCGCUCUUACACCGAUAUUUAUGCAGCCUAUGAUGCUAUGGUCUGGAUUAUUCCCACAUGUAGAUGAUUUUCCUCAAGGAUUUUCUUGGAUUCAAUACUUUUCUGUAAGAAUUAUUUAG